CUUAAACUAGCCUUUUCACCUCAUCGCGUCGCCGCUGCUCGCCGGCUCAUGGCGGCAGAACCGGCGAAAUUAAUCAAACAGCAGCGCCGAGUAAAUGACAGUAGGAUAUCGCACGUCAAGAUUCAUUAGAUGAGAAGACCAGUUGACAAACUCACUGCCUGAUCUUAAAACACACACGCAUCGUUUAGGCAGAUAUGCAUGUAGACGGGAAUUUAUCAAUAUCAAAAAUGCGAAUGGCGCAACUUUAGUCCAAGCGAUUUCUUAUCGAUAAGAGAUUACGUAACUGGGCCUGCCGGGAAUGGAAAUUUUGCUCCUCAAAGAGCCAAUUCAAAUCGCAUCUCCAAAGCCGCAGCCCUGUGACGACAUCAAAACGAAUCGCCCAUUUCCACAUCUUGGCCAAAAGCAGGACAAAGCCCCAAAGACAACUUCAUACCAAACCUCGGAAUCUCCGCCAUACACGCCCUUCUCCCUCGCCUUUUCACAAAUUUCAACAACCAUGUCUUUCCUCGGAAUCGGUCGUCCCCAACCUACGUCAGAGCAGAAGAUUGCUGCUGUCGAGGGCGAGAUGCGCAUGAUGGCUGAUACUUACAACCGACUGCAAAAGACCUGCCAGAAGAAGUGCGUUCCUUCCGACUACCGCGAGGGUGAGCUCAACAAGGGCGAGUCCGUUUGCCUCGACCGCUGCACCGCAAAGUUCCUCGAUACAUCCAUGAAGAUCAGCGAGAUCAUGCAGCAGCAGGGCCAGGCCAUGGGUGGAGGACCCCAGGGCGGCCCCGGAGGACUGUUUUAGAAAGGCUAUACAAAGCUAUAGAGCAUCAGGAAAACAGGAGUAAUGUUUUUUUCUUUCUUUCAUGGCAUUUCCCCUCUCCUCCUUCUUGGCCACAAAAUUCGGAUGUCAUGUUUUGUACGAAUAUAUAUAUGAGAGAAAGCUGUCUGGAAAUAUGCGGCGGCGGCAAACGUUUGAAACGGGACUUUGAUAUUAUGGGAUCACGGGAUAUACAUAUAUAUCAUGUCAGAUGUAUAAAGCUAUUCAAAAAGAGUAUACUGGGGUGCUGUCUAGGCGCAACAUCAUCACUGUGAUGAGAGUGAACAUCUCCUCUGCGAAAUGGUAUCUAUCUUCUUGAGAGCAAGGCAAUAAAUGAAAGUAAAAGAGAAAAAUAAAUCAAAGGGGGAGCAAAGAAAUAUAACGCCGAUUCUC